CGUUUUGAUUAUUUCGAGUUUUGCGCCACGUUAUAUAUCACGUUACGUCGAGUCGCCACGUGUUACCUGUGUUUUCCCGCGUUCUGAUGCUUAUAAAAUUAUUAUUAAAUUCGGUCCGAAAUAUAGACGAGCUUUUUAAUUCAUUAAUUAACAAAUCAUAUUAUGCGCAAAUACAACUUGCUCUAUAAAAGCUGCAUUUGUGCAUUAUGCGAUUAAUCAAUUGAUAAAUUAAAAAACUCGUCACUCUAUAUUUAAAAAAAUGAUUUUAAAUUCAAAUCCCAGUCCUAAAAAUGGCAGUCUAAAAUUUGUAAUGUCUUUCCUCGCAUUGUCUGGAUCAACAACUUUCGUUUUAUUGUGUUCCUUCUAUCCUGAGUCGUAUUUUUGUAAUACGAUAUUGUAAGAAGUUACUAAGGCGACCGGUGGAUGGCGCCAAGAGUGCUGUUCGAUGAUCGAUGAGAAUGGCUCUCGAUCGAUCUCAGCGCUGUCUUUCGAUACUUCGAUUCGAUCAAUCACUGAUUUGAAAUUAUCAAACGUGCUCCAGUUGUUCGGAGCAGCGGGCGAUCGGCACUCUCCCCAGUCGGCGGUUGAAACGGACGUAUUAUGAGAGUCUAGUCAAAUAGUCGUAGUCGAACUAAGUCGUUAUUGUAAAUCGGAACGCUAUCGUUUGUAUUUCGAGCGGAGACUGUCGGUUAAAUACAGUGUUUUCUAUUAAAUUAUCUGCAAGUUAUUGUGCCCGCCCUUUUCCUAUUCCAUUCCACCACGUGGCGGACGACUCCACUUUGUGCGCGCUUCAAGCCAAUGGGCAUCAUUUAAAUUAAACGGACACCAGUUCCUGACAAACCGUUAACUUUAUUUAAAUUUUAAAAUCGGAAAUAACAAAUAUCUUACAAUAUACACGAUAAGAAAUGUCGAUUAACGGCAUCGAGGUGAAAUCGCAAGAAAUAAUGCAGGACGAGCAAAAAAUGGACGGAGAGAAAAUGAACAUGAACGAGAAACAUGAGGAAUAUCAGUAUUUGCGGCUAAUCGAGAAAAUCAUUAAGACUAGAACGAAAAAGAGCAAUCGUACUGGCGUCGAUACUUAUUCUAUUUUCGGCGCGCAGAUGAGAUUUAGUUUACGAGACGGCAUUUUUCCAUUGCUGACAACUAAACGGGUAUUCUGGCGAGCAGUGGUUGAGGAGCUUUUGUGGUUUAUCAAAGGAUCAACAAAUGCCAAACACUUAACAGAUAAGGGUGUUCAUAUCUGGGAUGAAAAUAGUUCACGAGCUUUUUUGGAUUCUUGCGGCUUCACUGAUAGAGAGGAAGGUGAUUUGGGGCCUGUUUAUGGCUUUCAAUGGCGGCACUUUGGUGCUGAAUAUAAAGAUAUGCACACAGAUUACACGGGACAAGGAAUAGAUCAGUUGAAGGAAGUCAUUCACAAAGUGAAGCACUCUCCGGACGACAGACGUAUUAUAAUGUCUGCUUGGAAUCCGUCUGACAUUCCAAAGAUGGCAUUGCCACCAUGUCAUGUUUUUGUACAAUUUUAUGUAAACAACGGGGAAUUAUCUGCGCAACUUUACCAAAGAAGUGCAGAUAUGGGUUUGGGAGUGCCAUUUAACAUAGCAUCGUAUUCCCUGUUGACUUACAUGAUUGCUCAUGUCGCUGGAUUAAAACCAGGAGAAUUUGUACAUACAAUGGGAGACUGUCACGUCUAUGUCGAUCAUAUAAGCGCCCUCGAGGAACAGAUAAAACGCGAACCGCGCGAAUUUCCGAGAUUAAGAAUAGUUAGAGAAGUGAAAGAUAUCGAUGACUUUGUUGCUAAGGAUUUCGAAUUGAUAGAUUAUAAACCAUAUGCCAAACUCUACAUGAAAAUGGCUGUUUGAGUUACGUCGCUCGAAACUUUUCUGUCUAUAAUAAUUUCUUCUUAAAGAUAUAUGUAGCUGUAAAACUUAUAUUUUUCGCACCCGUAAUAUUCGUGGCUAAUGAGGCGGCAUUAAGUUCUCUAUUUAAUAUACUUAUAAACCAAUAUGCUAGAUUAUAAACUAGCAUUUAUCAGUAUUCAUGAAUAUAAGUGAUAGUACUUUCAAUUACAAUAUUUUUUCGAUUUAAGAGAGACGUAAAAAAA